GGAUAUUGUUUUUUGUUAGAUUAAUCCAAUUGUUGAUAUGUUCUGUUGCGGUGGUUAUGAGGAGGAACCAAAUGGCCCGCCGGCUAAUCAAUACACAGCCCCACCUAAAGGAGCGAAUGUAUAUGGCGGCGGCGGCAGCGCGAGAGGAGAGCCAAGAGGUGCCAAUCAAGCCAGAAGUGGAGCUCCACAGAAGGUCUUACCCAUUGAAAUCCCAUCAAUACCAUUGGAUGAGUUAAAUAGGAUGACAGGAAACUUUGGUAAUAAGGCUUUGAUUGGAGAAGGUUCUUACGGGCGAGUUUUUUAUGCCAAGUUAAAAGAUGGCAUGCCUGCUGCAAUUAAGAAGCUAGACACCAGCAGUUCACAAGAACCAGAUUCUGAUUUUGAAGCACAGUUGUCUGUCGUUUCAAGACUUAAACAUGAGCACUUUGUGGAGUUGACGGGGUAUUGUUUGGAGGCAAACAACCGAAUCUUGGUUUAUCAGUUUGCAGUGAUGGGUUCUUUACAUGAUGUAUUACAUGGGAGGAAGGGCGUAGAAGGGGCUGAACCAGGUCCAGUUCUGAAUUGGAACCAGAGAGUUAAAAUUGCUUAUGGUGCUGCAAAAGGCCUCGAGUAUCUGCACGAAAAGGUUCAGCCUUCUAUAGUUCAUCGCGAUGUUAGAUCAAGCAAUGUCCUACUCUUCGAUGAUUUCUUGUCCAAAAUUGCCGAUUUCAACCUGUCCAAUGCCAAUUCUGACACUGCUGCUCGACUGCAUUCGACUAGGGUCUUGGGAACAUUUGGCUACCAUGCUCCAGAGUAUGCCAUGACCGGGCAGAUAACUCAGAAAAGUGAUGUUUACAGUUUCGGAGUUGUUCUUCUAGAAUUGCUGACAGGAAGAAAGCCAGUAGACCAUACAAUGCCGAAAGGGCAGCAGAGUCUUGUUACCUGGGCAACGCCAAGACUGAGUGAGGAUAAAGUGAAGCAAUGCGUGGAUCCCAAGCUAAACAAUGAUUACCCUCCCAAGGCAGUUGCCAAGUUAGCAGCAGUUGCAGCACUUUGUGUUCAGUAUGAAGCGGACUUUAGGCCAAACAUGACAAUUGUUGUCAAGGCUCUUCAGCCACUUCUCAACUCAAAACCAGCAGGGCCAGAGUCUCAGGCAUAAGUCACAGAUUACUCCAGGACCAGGCUUCCGUGAUAUGAAAACCUCUUCUCGGUCCUUCCAAAAUGGCUUUGAUAUUGACGUUGUCAAGUUGAAAUAAUGUUUAGUUUUACUUGGACAAAGAAGGAAGAUUUCCAUCAUGUAUCAGUAGUGUUCGACUAUUUUUUGCUGUGGAAUUUCACCGGAAGAACUUCUUUUGAUUUUGGAAGGAUCUAAAAUUGUAAUAGAAACUCUGAAUAGAUGGCUCGGUGUCGAGGCUGGCUGCUGCCCUCCAUCAAUUAUUACUACUCUCAUUUGAACU